CUGCAGUGUGUUCCAUGAUGCUUAACUAGACAUCCGGACAGUGUGUAUGGAAGAUGGCGACACUUAUUCUCCCCGGUGAAUGGAUCAAAAACUGGGAAAAAUCAGGAAAACACGAAUUUGUGCAACUCUGCAAAGAGCUAACAGAAAAAACUGAUCAUGGGAAUGAAACUAAAGACAUACAGGCCGCUCUUUAUGAGGUCUGCUCGCAGGUUGUCCAGGGUAACCUGAAAAUUGAUCUCGUUUCCGCUGUCCUCGGGGAAAUGAUGGAACUCAGAGAUGAUUUGCCAUCAAUUUUAGCAGAUGUGUUCUGUAUAUUAGAUUUAGAAACUGGUGCACUAGAAGAAAAGAACAAGCGGGACCAUUACACUCAUUUAGUGGGAGCCUGUUUGUCUUUUGUACCGGAGGCCAUCCUGAAAGAACGACUCGACCCAGAGACCUUGGAAUCUCUUGGAUUGAUAAAACAAGCUCAUCAGUUUAAUCAAAAGAUUGUAAAAAUCAAGACUAAGCUAUUUUACAAACAGCAGAAGUUUAACUUGCUAAGGGAAGAGAACGAGGGCUACGCCAAACUGAUCACAGAACUCGGUCAAGACCUUUCCGGCAAUAUCACCAGCCACCUCGUCCUGGAGAGCAUAAAGUCCCUCAUAGGCUGCUUCAAUUUGGAUCCUAAUCGGGUUCUGGACAUCAUCUUGGAGGUGUAUGAGAGCCGGUCUGAACAAGAUGAGUUCUUUCUGUCCCUCAUCAAGUCCUACAUGUGUGAGCCAAUCACCCUCUGCCAUAUACUGGGCUUUAAGUUCAAGUUCUACCAGGAACCUAAUGAGGAAACUCCAAAAUCACUUUACCACAUUGCUGCUGCUCUCCUGAACCACAAGCUGAUAGAGCUGGAGGAUCUCUAUGUUCAUCUUAUGCCAGUAGAUGCCACCAUUGUAGAAGAACACAAACGGGAGAUUUCAGAGGCCAAGCAGAUCGCUCGCAAGCUGGUGACGGUCGUGCUUCCCUCGGAGAAAAGUGAAGACAAGGAGAAGGAGAAAGAAAAGGAAGAAGAAAAGAACGAGAAGCCACCUGACAACCAGAAGCUCGGUCUUUUGGAGGCUCUACUCAGGAUCGGAGACUGGCACCACGCCCAGAGUAUCAUGGACCAGAUGCCGUCUUUUUACGCUACUUCUCACAAGGCCAUUGCGCUGGCGCUUUGCCAACUUGUACACCUGACCGUGGAGCCUCUUUAUAGAAGAGCUGGCGUUCCAAAAGGAGCAAAGGGCUGUGCGCUGCAACCGCUGAAGAACAAGCGGGCUCCUCAGCCCACCGAGAGCUUCGAGGAUCUACGGAAAGAUACGUUCAGCAUGCUCUGCUACCUGGGCCCUCACCUCUCCCAUGACCCCAUUCUCUUUGCUAAGAUAGUACGAUUGGGCAAGUCCUUCAUGAAAGAGUAUCAAUCUGACGGUAGACCUGAAGUGAAAGAUAAGAUGGAGAUAUUGUUGAGCUGCUUCCUGAGCAUCGCAGAUCAGGUGUUGCUGCCCUCUCUCUCUCUAAUGGAGUGCAACGCCUGCAUGUCUGAGGAACUAUGGGGCCUGUUUAAGCUCUUUCCCUACCAGCACAGGUACCGGCUUUAUGGGCAGUGGAAGAAUGAGACCUACUCCGGCCAUCCAUUGUUGGUUAAAGUAAAAGCCCAGACCGUGGAAAGGGCCAAAUACAUUAUGAAGCGCUUGACCAAAGAGAACAUAAAACAGUCUGGACGACAGAUUGGCAAACUGAGCCAUAGCAACCCCACCAUCCUCUUCGAUUACAUGUUGUCUCAGAUCCAGUGGUACGACAACCUCAUUGUUCCGGUGGUGGACUCAUUGAAAUACCUCACAUCUCUCAACUAUGACGUCCUGGCCUAUUGCAUCAUCGAAGCUCUGGCCAACCCCGAGAAGGAGAAGAUGAAACAUGACGACACUACACUCUCCUUGUGGCUCCAGAGUUUGGCAAGUCUGUGUGGAGCCGUGUUCAGAAAAUACCCGAUUGAAUUGGCCGGCCUUCUGCAGUAUGUUACCAACCAGCUGAAGGCGGGAAAAAGUUUUGACUUGCUGAUUCUGAAGGAGGUGGUGCAGAAAAUGGCUGGCAUUGAGAUCACAGACGAAAUGACUUCAGAGCAGUUGGAGGCCAUGACAGGAGGAGAGCAGCUGAAAGCUGAGGGCGGCUACUUCGGCCAGAUCAGGAACACAAAGAAAUCUUCUCAGCGCCUGAAGGAUGCUCUGCUUGACCACGAACUAGCGCUGCCGCUGUGUUUACUCAUGGCCCAACAACGAAAUGGAGUCGUUUUCCUGGAGGGAGGAGAGAAGCAUCUAAAACUCGUGGGGCACCUUUAUGACCAGUGUCACGACACACUGGUGCAGUUUGGUGGUUUUCUAGCCUCCAAUCUCAGCACAGAGGAUUAUAUAAAGCGAGUUCCCUCCAUCGACGUCCUUUGUAACCAGUUUCACACCCCGCAUGAUGCCGCUUUCUUCUUGUCGCGCCCCAUGUACGCACAUCAGAUCUUGUCAAAAUACGAGGAGCUAAAGAAGGCUGAAAAAGGCAACCGACAGCAGCAGAAGGUCACCAAGUACGUGGCGGCGUGCGAACAGGUGAUGAUGCCGGUGCACGAGGCUGUGAUGUCGCUCCAUCCGGCCAGAGUCUGGGACGAUCUGCGGCCUCAGUUCUACGCCACCUUCUGGUCGCUCACCAUGUAUGACUUGGCCGUGCCGCAUGCUGCGUAUGAGCGGGAGGUAAACAAGCUAAGGGUCCAGAUCAAGGCCAUCGAGGAGAACUCUGAGAUACCUUUAAAUAAGAAGAAGAAGGAGAAGGAACGUUGCACAGCCCUGCAAGAAAAGUUACAGGAGGAAGAAAAGAAACAAAUGGAGCAUGUCCAAAGAGUUCUGCACCGUCUCAAGCUGGAAAAAGACAGCUGGUUGUUAACCAAAUCCACAAAGAACGAGACCAUAACGAAGUUCCUGCAGCUGUGCCUGUUCCCUCGCUGCAUCUUCUCCUCCAUCGACGCCGUGUACUGCGCCCGCUUCGUCGAGCUCGUCCACCAGCAGAAAACCCCGAACUUCUGCACUCUCCUCUGCUACGACAGGGUUUUCUCUGCCAUCAUUUACACGGUGGCCAGCUGCACAGAGAACGAGUCUCACCGCUACGGCCGCUUCCUCUGCUGCAUGUUGGAAACGGUGACCCGGUGGCAUAGCAACCGCGCCGUCUACGAGAAGGAGUGUGUGAAUUAUCCAGGCUUCCUGACAAUCUUCCGAGCCGCAGGGUUCGAUGGAGGAAACAAAGCGGAUCAGCUGGAUUAUGAGAACUUUCGGCAUGUGGUCCACAAAUGGCACUAUAUGCUGACUAAAGCUUCAGUCCACUGCCUGGAAACAGGAGAUUACACCCACAUCCGGAACAUUCUGAUCGUUCUUACCAAGAUCUUACCCUGCUACCCAAAGGUCCUGAACCUGGGCCAAGCGCUGGAGUGCCGGGUCCACAAGAUCUGCCUUGAAGAGAAGGAUAAGAGGCCAGACCUCUAUGCCUUAGCAAUGGGUUAUUCAGGUCGGUUGAAAAGCCAGAAGGUGCACAUGGUCCCUGAGAAUGAGUUCCACCACAAGGACCAGCCAGCUCGCAGCGCCACGCCGGCGAGUCAGCAGAACGGCCCUGGAAGCACCGGCAAGCCCGCCGCCAACACCAGCAAGACCGAGGAGGGGGGAUUUGAAGACGGGGACCGGGUCAAGGAUAAAUCUCAGGGGACCACAAAACCAGUCAACAAAGCCAACAGCACAGCAGCCAAAGUGACCACCAGCAAUGGAAACGGUGCUCUCAACAGCACCAAAGCUGUAAAAGAUGACAAAGAGAAGAGCGGGAAAGAAAAAAAAGAAAAGAAAGAAAAGACGCCAGGAAGCACACCAGAGACGACGAAGGCAGAGAGCCGCAGGGAGAAGCAGAGAGACGAAAGAGCGGGAAAGGAGGAGCGGUUGCUGCGCGAGGGUAAGGAGAAGACCCCGAAAGCAGACCGGGAGAAAGUCAAGCUGGACGAAAAGAGCGGCAAAGACGACAAGGCCAAAGCCGGAAACGGGGAGCCAGUGGAACCAGGCAGAGACGCCGUCAAGGAAUCCAAGAACAAGGAGAAAGGAGACAGGAAUGCUGCGACUGCAACCCUCAAGUCACCAAAUCCGAGAUCCGAUUCAGCCGAAUCUGAGAGGGAUCACAAAAGACGAAAGCUCGACAGUCACUCGUCCCCAUCCCACUCCUCAUCUGUUAAGGACAGUAGCAACGAACUCAAGGAUCCUGCAACCAAGCAGCACAUCAACUUUAAUUCAGUUGCCCGGUCCAAGAGCAGAGAGAGGGAAGUGGAGAAGAAAGACACAGAGAGCGUACAAGGCCGAUCCAAAGAGAAGAAGGAGGAAAAGGAGCGGAAAGAGAGAAAACGAGAUCACGCCGUUAACGACCGCGAGGCCAGCCAAGAAUCCAAGCGGAGGAAGGACGAGAACGGCACCAAUUCCUCCAAAAACAGCCAGAGCACCAGCCCUUCCUGCGACUCUCCACUGACGCCGGAGAAGGAGAAGACCAAGAGAUCCAAAUCCUCGAGCAAGGAGAAGGCCGAGUCCGUGAAAGCCGAACGAACGUCUUCCGGAGGCAAGAAGGAGUCCAGACAUGAAAAGUCUGAGAAGAAGGAGAAGAGGGACAGCGCUGGAGGGAAGGAGGAGAAAAAGCAGUCGUCUGACAAGCACAGAUAAUGUGUACUAAUCAGUGAAGGUAAGAACCAUUCAGCUUCUUUCUCGUCAAUCAGCCUUCUUGGAGUCGCCUGAUGCAUUUUGUUUCCUCCCCUCUGUGCUGCAGCAGAAAUGGAUAAGCUGUACUUUUAUCUGCAAGACAUCCACAACUCCACCUGUACCACUUAUUGACUUUCGUUUUUAUUUCCGAUUGUAUUUUUCCUUUACUUUUUCUUUUCUUCCCCCAUGCCUGUUAGCUGUGGUUAAUUCACACAUCACCCAAUUAUUCUUCCUGUUUCAGACGAUAAACCAGCCGAAUAAAAUUUGUCUUCUUUUUUCCAUAUAUAUAUAAAUAUACAUAAAAUAGUUUGGGCACAAGGUGCUGCUGUAAUCACAGUGUUACUCCUACCAGAAAUGUGGUUACUGUAUGAAAUGAUCUGUUGGUAGCAAGCGGUCAUUGAUUCAAUAAUCGCAUGUUUGAAAACUGUUUUUGUUUUUUAGUUUUAUUUUUGUACAAUGUCGGGCCUUGCUUUUUUUUUGCUUGUUUUAUUGAAUAUAACCUGCGUUCCCAUACUCACUUACCUCAUAUCCUUUUGAGCUACUUAGAUCCUUUUAUUUAUUUAUCUUCACCUUCAUCUAAGUAGGACAGCAAGUAUAAGUGAGGAAAUAAUACCUAGGACCAGUUUGUAUAUUGUGUACAAUAAUAAAAAGCAUAACAUGAAAUUCGCAUCAUGUUAUUUCAUUCUUUUUAUUUUUCUUUUUUUUUUCCCGUGUCCCAUGCAAGUUCUCCUGUGAAUUUGUGUUAAUCAGGUUUUUACAUAAUUUAUAAAAAAAAAAAAACACAAAAAAAAAAAAACAGAAAAAUGUCGGUUCAACUUUGAUUCAGAUGUAGAAUUGUAAAGAAAAAUUCUGACGCUCUGUACUCCAAAUGCAACUGUUUCAAAAAUGGCCUUUGGAGAUUUUAUCUGCUGUACUCAAUGAGUGUAUGUUUUGUUUUUUAAGAAAAAAAAAAAGAAACUCAAUAAAUAAUAGUUUUCUUAGUGUCACUUUAA